AUGGCCUCGAACGCUCCGAGCCCGCUCCCGCGGUUCAUUUACAAGAUCACGCCUGCGCCUCCCCCGGACCCCUCCCGGCUGUCUAUCCGCUGUCCCCAGAUUCCCAUCACCGCCGGCCUCUGGUUCAAGGACGCCACCGAGUUCUGGGUCCUCAAAAUCAAGCUGGCCCCUCGCUUCGAGAAUCAUAUCAACUGGGACGUUCCCGGCUGCCCGCACUUGUAUGGAAACUUUGGCGCCGAGGACGUCGACUCUGUCCGCAAGUUCCAGAGGGAAGAGGGCCAGAUCUGGAACGACGCCCUAGAGCCCAGCGUCUCCUGGCUUGAAUAG